GGCUUUUUAUCGACAAACCAUAUGCAAAAAAAUUCUGAAUUAUUUACGAAAUACACGGCCAGUGAAUUAAAAAUAUUAGAAUCAGAACUCGAAAGUUUGAAGGAAGAUAGAAAUGAUAUAUACUAUAACUUGCCCUUUUUGAAUAUUUUUGUUAAAAAACAAAAGCAAGAUAUUUUACCUAUUCUAAAAAGAGAAAUUCAAAAUCAUAAAAAUUCUUAGUCAAAAUCAAUAACAGUAAUUAUGUCUGGUUUUAUCAUGUUAAAACACAUUAAACAUUUAAAUUUACAAUAUUUCAUUAAAAAUUUGCCCCAAUUGUCACAUAUUAUGUUUAUGGAACCAUCUUAUUCACUUCAAAUUUAUCACAAAUACUCAUAUGAAUAUAAAAAUGGAAAUUCAAAUUGUGAUGACCGAACUCAUAAGAAUUUACAAAACUAUAAAUUUAAGUGUAAUUCAAAUCAAAAGAACAAGGAAGAAUUUAAUUAUCCAUCAAUUAGUGAAGAGACAUUGUUAGCAUUAGCAGAAUAUUUUGAAUCUUUUGAAGAACAUUGCGAUUCAAAUUAUGAUGUCACUUAUAGUGAUGGUGUUUUGACCAUUAAUUUACCACAAAAACAAGGAAUAUAUGUAAUAAAUAAACAGGCUCCAAACAGACAAAUAUGGCUAUCAUCUCCUAUUAGCGGGCCAAAACGAUAUGAUCUUGUCAACGGUAUCAAAUGGGUUUAUGCCAGUGAUGGAGUCAGCAUGCAUGAAUUAUUGAACAAGGAAAUACCUACAUUCAUCAGCUCUAAAAAGAAAGAUAUAGAUUUUACGAUAUUGCCUUUUGGAGGCAAGUCUUAAUAUUAUAUAUUCUUUAUAAUUAAAGGCAUAAAUAUGUGAGUCUAACACAUCGCAUUUCUCAAUAUUAGUUUGUAUUUGUCUUUAAUAAAAACAUCAAAAAAUUAUAGUAAAUUAUUUUUAAAUAUUGCAUCAGUAU